UCUGUAGUGGGGGAGAGAGGUUCCUGUGAAGAACUAAAGGCAAAGGGGGCUUCUUUGGGACCACUUUCUGGUAGUGAGGUGAAAUGGGGAGAGUUUUGCUUCGGCGGAAAUAGGUAGCGGAUGGGCCACCUGGGUUUUCUUCUGCUACUUGGCGAUAGAGCCCUUUCUUGGGCGUGCUACGAGUUUUCUCCUUCAGAGACCCUUCAGAGCGCUCCGCGGCCGGAGAGGUUUGCGGUUUCGGCCCGGCGGUUCUCGCGUGUGCCCGCUGCCAUGGCGACGCUGCUGCGAGCUGCCCUGCGCCCGCUCCGCCCGCCCCCCGGCCACCGGGAACCGGCUGCAGACGUGCGGCUCCGAGGCGCGCGCCGUGGCACCGGCCUGCUCUACCCCGAGCACAUCCCCACUUCCCCGCUGCAGAAGGUGCUGCUGGCCGCGGGCUCUGCCGGAAUGGCCCUCUACAACCCGUACCGCCACGACAUGGUUGCGGUUCUAGGGGAGACCACAGGACACCGUGCCCUAAAGGUGCUCAGGGACCAGAUGAAGAGGGAUCCAGAGGGUGCCCAGAUCCUACAGGAGCGUCCACGGAUCUUACUGUCCACCCUUGACCUGGACAAGCUCCGAAGUCUGCCUGAGGGCUCUCUUGGCCAAGAGUACCUCCGUUUCCUGGAUGUGAAUAGGGUCUCCCCAGACACCCGAGCACCCACCCGAUUCGUGGACGAUGAGGAGCUGGCAUAUGUGAUCCAGCGGUACCGGGAGGUACACGACAUGCUCCACACCCUGCUGGGGAUGCCCACCAACAUGCUGGGGGAGAUCGUGGUGAAGUGGUUUGAGGCUGUCCAGACCGGCCUGCCCAUGUGCCUCCUGGGCGCUCUCUUUGGACCGAUCCGACUCCGCACCCAGCACCUGCCGCUGCUGGUUUCGGAGCUGAUCCCGUGGGCCGUUCAGAGUGGGCGCAGAGCCCCGUGUGUCCUCAAUCUGUACUACGAGCAGCGCUGGGAGCAGCCCCUGAGGGCUCUGCGGGAGGAGCUGGGCAUCACAGAGCCCCCCAUGCCGUCAGGGCCCUGGCCUAGGCCCUGAGCUGCCGCCCACCCUGUUUGCCCACUCUUUUGCCAAACCUUUGUUCCUUUGAACACUGACCCUUGGACAUCGUUUGUCAUAAUUUGCUGUAACGACUGCUGAGUGGCUCGUGGACCACCCCAGGAGGGAGCCAAGAGCGGCCAAAAGAGAGCCACGUGUGAGCGAGAAUCAGUCGUCCAGGCUGGCGGGGGGCUCGGUGUCUCAGGUCUACCGCCCCUGUUCUGGACUGCUCCCUGCCAACCAGGGUUUUCUGGGGACCAGGCUGGGUGCCCUCCAGUAGUGAGGGCGACACCCAGUUGCAAAGGCCUGAAAAGGAGCAGGUGAGUCUGCUGUCUGAAUAAAGUCUGCCAUCAGGCCAAC